GAGUUGCAGCGAGCCAAGAAGACUUUCAGCGAGGUGGUGCAACAACGGCUCAAGAACAGCUCGGAGCUCGUCAGUGCGUCUACAACUCAGGCCUACGACAACAAUGUGCAGAAAGCCGUCGAGCAGCUGCGCACGUGGGCGAACCCCAACAGCGCCACGAACGACGGGAAGCAUGCGCUCCACCGAGCGCUGGCUCAAGGUCACACGGCGGUGGCCAGGCAACUGCUGACCUACAAGGCCAACAUCUGGUUGAAGGAGAACGACAAGACCGCCUUGGAUGUCGCCUUGGAAGUUGCAGCGGAGAAGCCCGGAUCCCUCGAGCUCCUGGUCGACCUUCAUGAGCAGUACCAGGACUACAAGAGCGAUGCUGGUCGCGGCCUCAGCUGCAAUGGUCUCCAAGCCGGAUCCCGAACUUUGGUGAAGCAGCUGCCUGUGACGGAGACUCCUCGCUUGACGUUCCUGAUGUUGGCAGUGAAGCAUGGCAAUGCGGACCACAUCAAGCAGAAGCCAGAUGCGUCGAUGGCCCGGGCCCUUGCAGGGAUCCGGGAUAAGGGAGGCCGUGCAAUCCCACUGCAGCAAGGCAGCACGGCUUUGAUGCUCGCGGCCAGGGAGGGUAAGACGGCGUCUCUGAAAGAGCUCCUGGAUGGGGGCGCCGACAAGGCUCGGAACCUGAAGGAGCGUGCCGUGGGAGCAGAGCGGCCUUGCAAUCCGGUUCGUAGGACUGCCAAGACAGCGAGGGCCGGGGCCUUGGGCCACGCUGCAUCGAGCCGUGCCGUCUGUCGCAAUAACGCCGGAAAGCACACCGCAUUGCUAGGCCACACCGCGCUGAUGCUCGCCAUGCAGGGCGGCCACGAGGAGUCCUUCAAAAUGCUCCUUGACGGGGGCGCAAAGAGGGGCCUGAAAAGCAGCGCUGGCCGGGGCCUCGAAGUGGUGAUUCCGAUCCGGCGUAAAACGGUGUUGGAGCUGUCCGCCGACAACGCGAAAUUCCUGGCACUUCUUGGUCCGACAGCCCUCAUGGAGGCGGCAAGGGACGGCCACACCUUGCUCGUCAAAGAGCUCUUGGAGAAGGGAGCCGAGGAGGUGAGGGAGCCGGAGGGCACGGGAGUUGUGGGGACAAGGAAGACUCAGGGCUGCUAUUCGGCGAGGUCGCAUUGUUUCUUUCGUACAAGCCGCACGAGACAUGUUGGCAACUUCGAUGUUGCGAAAGAGACUUGA